ACCUAUAAAAAAUUUGUUAAAAGUUGAAUCACUUUUAUGUUAUAAAUAUGUGAAAAUAAAUUUAUUUCACAAAUAACACAGCAGUAACAUAGCAGUGGCAAUAAUUCAUCUGUUAAAUAUAGUAAAAAGCGACGCACGCAACAUUCAAUAUGGCCGCCAGAAGAAAAAAUUUCUGUAGUAUCUGGCCAAGCAUAAGAACGUAUCGAUGUUCUUGUACAGUGAAAGAUUAAGAAAGUUUAUACAAAAGUGGCCUGGCAAGAAAACUUUCGGCGUCUAUCGUUUCUUACCAUUGUUUUUCAUUUGUGGUGCACUGUUAGAAUUUUCUAUGAUCAACUGGCAGGUUGGUCAGGUUAACUUUUAUAAGGUAUAUAAAAAGCGAAUUGUACUAGAGAUGGUUGAAGAAAGAUUACGGAAAAUGGAAGAAAAAGAUUUCUAA